ACUUAUCAGGGAUUCAGAGAACAUAAAACACUUUCAAAACAGAGUGAGAGAGAGAGAGCUCUCUAUUCUUCUUCAGCUAAGUCAGUCACUCAUGACUUACUAAUAUUGUUACACUAACCUCGCCUCCAUUUUCCAUGCUAUUUACAGCCAUGCCAUCACGUUCCUUGCUCUCAUUACUACCCCCACCACCAUUGCCGGUGGCGCCACCGCUCAUCCACCAUCACCACAACCCUCAUUUUCAUGCCCUUCCCGCAAUCCUCGCCGGAACCCUUGUCCUAGUCUUUCUCAUCUUGCUCAUUGCAACCAUUCUCUGUUACCGUAAACUUUCGCGCAACCGUACGGCUCCAUCAGACCUCAAAUCUCCGAACCACCACCACUGUCGGCGGUUCUCUUACAGUCUCAUCCGCCACGCAACGGCGUCGUUCUCUCCAUCUAACCGGCUUGGCCACGGUGGCUUCGGCUCAGUUUACAAAGCCAUAGUACCGUCGUCUUCACAACCACUUGCGGUCAAAAUACUUGACUCUUCAGGUUCACUCCAAGGCGAGCGAGAGUUCCACAACGAACUGUCUCUGGCCUCCUCUCUGAACUCACCUCACAUUGUUUCUCUUCUUGGUUUCGCUUCGGAUCGGCGUGGGCGUAGGCUUGUUUUAGUUUACGAGCUGAUGGAGAACCGGAGCUUACAGGACGCGUUAUUGGAUCGCAAAUGUGAAGAACUUAUGGAGUGGAAGAAAAGAUUUGAAAUUGCUUUUGAUAUUGCCAGGGGGCUCGAGUACCUACAUCAUUCUUGUGACCCGCCUGUGAUUCAUGGCGAUAUUAAGCCCAGUAAUAUUUUGUUAGAUGGUGAUUUUAAUGCAAAGAUUGGAGAUUUUGGUCUUGCGAGGUUGAAAACUGAGGAUCUUGUGGAAGGUGAAGGUGGGAAGAAGAUGGAUGUUGUGGAGGAUAAUGGGUCGAUCUUGGAGGAGACUGAGAGCGUGGUGACUGCUUAUGAAGAGAGUGGUGGUGUUUGCGGUGGCGGUGGUAUUGAUCUGUCGCCGGACAGUUGCGUUGUUAGGGUGUUUGAUCCUGAAGUUUCCCCUGAGACUGUUGUGUUGUCCCCUGAAGUUGGGGCUGAUAAAGGGAGUGUAUCAGAAGCGGGUUUUGAUCAUGUUAGUAUUGAGAGUGGAAAGGAUUUGAUUGGAAAUGGUAAAAAGUGUAGUUCAAGGAGAGAUUGGUGGUGGAAACAGGACAAUGGAGGAGGGUCAGAGUCGGGGAGAGUGAAAGAUUAUGUUAUGGAAUGGAUCGGGAGUGAAAUAAAAAAAGAUAGACCCAAAAAUGAAUGGAUAGCUUCUCCGAGUUCCACUGAAAAUAAUGGUUCGGGCUCCAAACUUGAGUUAAAGAAGGAGAGAGUUCGAAAGAAAGAAAAGAACCGAAAGCCAAGAGAAUGGUGGAAAGAAGAGUUCUGUGAAGAGCUGACAAAAAAGAAGAAGAAAAGAGGAUUCAAUUCCAGUCAUGGUGGUGAAAUGUGGUGGCAAAAAGACGAGGAAGUGAUGCAACAGAGAAAAAAGAGAAAGAAUAAGUCCAGUAGAGGUAGCAUUGAUUGGUGGCUUGAUGGGUUUAGUGGCGAAUUAAGAAGUGGAAGAAGAAAUAGUCAAGAUUGGGCUAGUGGAGACAUACCCAAGAGUGGUGGUAUUAGUAGUACUCCAAGCAUGAGAGGAACAGUUUGUUAUAUCGCCCCUGAAUAUGGUGGCGGCGGCUUGUUAUCAGAAAAAUGCGAUGUUUAUAGCUUUGGUGUUCUUCUUUUGGUUCUGAUUUCAGGACGAAGGCCUUUACAAGUUACAGCUUCCCCAAUGUCAGAAUUUGAAAGGGCUAAUUUGAUUUCUUGGGCUAGGCAAUUGGCAUACAAUGGGAAACUUUUGGAUCUUAUAGACUUAUCAGUUCAUUCCUUAGAUAAGGAUCAAGCAUUGCUUUGCAUUACCAUUGCACUUCUCUGUUUGCAGAGAUCGCCAAGCAAGCGACCUACAAUGAAAGAAAUUGUUCAGAUGCUUUCUGGUGAAGCUGAGCCACCACAUUUGCCAUUUGAAUUCUCACCAUCCCCACCAAGUAAUUUUCCGUUUAAAUCUCGGAAGAAAGCACGAUGAGUUUAUUGGAUUUCCUGUAACGUUUAAUUAUCAUUGACUGUAGAGUGUGUACUGUGGUAGGUCAUUUCUAAUUAUUAUGUUUUUGUAGAAAUUGAUUUAAGAAAUGAAAAAAACAACUAUUUGUUUCAUGA